AUGGCGGGGGUUAGCAAUAAUAGUGGAGCUUCGCAGCUGAAUGCAGUGAUGUCUACUAGUCAAAAUCAUAACGAAAUGCCGUCUGUUGUCAGCGAUGAAGCAAAGAAAGAUGAAGGAAGACCUCUGACUCCGGGCUCGAGUGCUGAAGCUUCGACGAACGAAGUACUCGGUGGUCCCGAGUACACCAACGAAGGACCUACGAUCAAUAUAAUUGCCCCGCCCAGCAACACCAUCGAGGACGUCCCAUCAUACCUCUCUGCCGACGCAACCGCAGACAAUGGCAAUGCCAUCUUCAAUGCUACACCACAUCUCUCCUCGGAUUCCGACGACGCAACAACAAACGCUCUCCCACCUCCUCCGCCCUUCGAAAAACUAGCACAAAAGAACCCAAAACCUACAGAUCACCUCUCCAUCACAAUCGGUCCUCUUGUUAUCCUUCUAUUCGACAUCGUCAUCCCCUGCAUAAUCUACUACGUCUGGUUCGACAUCCACCGCAGCUCCCUCGAAAUCCCAGAACUAUAUCUCUAUUCCCCUGGUUUCCUCAUGAGUUUCCUCGGCAUCGUCAUGCUCAUCUCGCUUAUCCCCUUCAAAAUCCCCAUCGGCAUUAACUCCCACGCACGAGGUUCGCCCAUGCGUCCAUUUAUAUACUAUGCGGCCGAAGAUUUUAUCGCCGUCGAUGGGCUCCAAGACCGCGAGUUCCGCGUGCGAUAUAAUGCGCGAUAUGAUUCUUCCCCGGGCUUUCGACGCAUGUUUCUCCACCUAACCUUAUGGUGGAUCGCAGGCGUAUUGGUAUAUCUCGGUUGUCUGAGCGCGGUAAUAUGGUCCCUCGAAUUCCACUACGCCUUUGGAUUAUCCCUCGGUGUGCUGUUUGCCUAUCUGGUCAUUUGGGCUCUGGUGUCGUAUUAUUGGGUUGAUCGUGUUAUGAAGAGUGAACAGCGGGCGCAUGAUGAGCGCGUGGCGAAAUGUUGA